AUGUUUGAAAGAGAAGAAUAUAUUGACAUCCAGCCUCAAGAUUUAAAAGUGGAAAUUUUUCACGGCAGUGGUCCUGGUGGACAGUCUGUCAAUAUCACAGACAGUGCUGUGAGGAUAACUCACAUUCACACAGGAACAGUGGCAGAGUGCAGACAAGAGCGUUCACAGGCUAAAAAUAAAGAAAUCGCAUUAAAGAAACUCAAAUCUAGGAAUUACCAAGCACAACUUGAAGUGCAAGAGAUCAAAAGAAGGACAAUGAGAAAAAUGCAAAUAGGCACCAAAGGCAGACCAGAAAAUAUUAGAACUUACAACUUCCAACAGGACAGAGUCACUGAUCACCGCGUGAAAGAGAACUAUUCAAACCUGUUUGAGUUUAUGCUGGGAGGGGAAGGUUUGGAUGGGCUUAUCAAUGCUUUAGACUACCAUGAAAAAUUUUUGAAUAUUGAAUCAAUGUUGGACUCUUACCAAAUGGAGUUACAAAAAAAUAAAUCAGGAAAGAGUUGA